CAUGGACCAUGUGUCCCUCCUCAUUAAUGAUUGAUAAGUGUAUUGAUCAUGUUUGGGGGAUUAAGGCCACUCUUUGUAUAAGAGCUCAGUGUUUGCGUGUGGCUGUCCUAUUGUAUUCGGGAUUUCUGCUUUCUGAUAUUUCUCAGAGGAUUUCUAAUAUAAAGAUUCCUAAAUCUUUGGGAGGGUUUUGUUUUCUGUCAGGCAGGUUUGAUGUUUCCCAGCAGAAGCAAAUCUUCAGAGUAGAGAUCCCAGGACUAACAUCAAGUAUAAAAGAGUCCUAUCUUCCACAGCAACAAUGAAGCCGUUCCUCCACUGCGUUCUCCUGACUGCCGGACUGAUAGCUGGGUAUCGGAGUCCUCUGAAUGAAUUCCAGCGCUCCGAGGGAAGGGAGCUCGUCCCCACACCCUGGAACUCAGCACGAGUCCAGAUGCUGCCGGGCCUGAACCUGGAGGAGUGUGCCACCCGCUGCUCACAGUCGCUGGACUGCAGAGCUUUCAACUAUGAAACGCGUCCAACCGUGUCCUGCAAACAUCUGCCCUGGGUGGCUGAUGGGAACAACGCUGAAGUGAAGAGAAAUGUCAACUGUGACCUUUACGAGAAGAAAGUCUAUGUAAGGCAGUGCAUUGUGGGUAAAGGAGAAGACUACCGGGGAAAGGUCUUCACUACAAAAAGCGGUCUCACCUGUCAACAGUGGUGGUCCAAGUUUCCUCAUGACCACAGGUGGACUCCCACAGCGACCAAUGGUCUGGAGCUGAACUACUGCAGGAAUCCAGAUGGGGAUCGUAUCGGUCCAUGGUGCUACACAACUGACCCCGAGCGCCGUUAUGAACCCUGCAAUAUCCCCCAGUGCAAAGAUGAGGUGUGUAUCACGUGUAAUGGGGAGGACUACAGGGGGCAGGUUGAUCACACCGUGAGCGGCAGAGAGUGUCAGAGAUGGGACCAGCAGUACCCUCACCAACAUAUCUACCAACCUGAAAAGUAUCCUGAUAAGAGUUUAGAUGAUAACUACUGCCGGAAUCCUGAUGCCUCUCCGGUGCCUUGGUGUUACACCACAGAUCCUGAGAUGGAGAGAGAGAACUGCGACAUCAGAAAAUGCACUGAAGUUCACGUGGAGAAACGGCAACGCUCCAGCUUCACCACUAACUGCUUCCGUGGUCGUGGGGAGGAUUACCGCGGUAAAGUCAACGAGACACCGUCAGGUAUCCCCUGCCAGAGGUGGGAUGCCCAGUAUCCUCACGAGCAUCCCUUUUACCCAAACACAUAUGAGUGCAAGGGUUUAGAGGAGAACUACUGCCGUAACCCAGAUGGGUCAGAGGCUCCCUGGUGCUUCACAUCCGUCCCAGAGAUGAGGACUUCUCUCUGCUUGCAGAUCAAACGAUGCGCAGACGACAUCGAAGCUGAGGACUGUUAUCAAGAAAAUGGGAGAAACUACAGGGGCGUUGUCCGCAAAACACGUAAAGGCAUCACCUGCCAGAGAUGGAACGUUAACACGCCUCACCAGACCAGGAUAAACCCACGGUCACACCCUGAGGCCAAUCUAACAGAGAACUAUUGUCGUAACCCGGAUGGGGACCAGCAUGGACCCUGGUGUUAUACCACAGACCCCAAAACCGAGUUUGACUACUGUGCCAUCAAGCAGUGCGCUGGAGAGAAAGUGUCCCUGACGGAGACCGUAGAGAAGGUCGAGUUCAACGAGUGCGGAAAGAGAGAAGACCGCUUUCCAAGAGCAAGGAUGCGCAUCGUGAAUGGGAUGCCCGGGAACUCACCGUGGACGGUGAGCCUGAGAGACAGAAAAGGAAACCACUUCUGUGGAGGAUCCCUGGUGAAUUCCAGAUGGGUGAUCAGCACCAAGCAGUGUUUCUCUUCCUGCUACGUGGACCUGCCUGGUUACUCCGCCAUGAUGGGAACACUUUUCCGUGAUCCACAAGAAGGAGAGGCUGGUGUGCAAAUCAUCCCUCUCACCAAGAUUGUCUGUGGACCUUCUGAGUCUCAGCUCGUCAUGCUACAACUGGAAUACCCUGCACAAUUUAAUGAGCGCGUCUCUCAGAUCUGCCUCCCUCCUGAGCGCUACAUAGUAGCUGAGGGGACCCAAUGUGAGAUUGCAGGAUGGGGUGAGACAAGAGGAACUGGGGAUGAGACCGUCCUCAAUGUGGCUCACGUUCCAGUUCUUAGUAACAGGGAAUGCAACAAAUACUUCAGAGGUCGUGUUCGCGAAAACGAGAUGUGCACAAACUUUUUCCAGGGUGGAGUAGGCGCCUGUGAGAGAGACUACGGCGGCCCUCUGGCGUGUCAGAACAGGGACUGCUGGGUACUCGAGGGUGUGAUCAUCCCCAUGAGGCGCUGUGGACACCCAGGACAACCCAACAUUUUCAUCCGCGUGUCUGUGUACGUGGACUGGAUCAAGAAGGUCAUGGAGAUGGCUUAGCGAUAGACACUGCCAUCUAACACAGAACUCAUAAAACCAAGACAAACCGUUAUUUUUUUCUUCUAAAAUAUGUAUUUUACGUGAAAACUGUGGAACACCCAAAGCAAAAUGUACAAUUAGGAUUCUUCAUACAGUUAUGUUACUAUAAUGUUACUAUGCCAUAAAAAGGCCAAUUUAAACUGUCAUUUGUGUAGAAAAAGUAUGUCUCACAUUGUAAUCUGUUCCUUUAUAUCUACUUUAAAUUAAUUUCUAUAUACACUUGAACUUGGAGGAGAUUCACUCUAAAAAUGUGAAGUUAUUCAGAUUUUUGGAAACGUGUUAUGCCUGUAUUCAUUUAUAUUAAAUAUUAUAAAUGUACGGUGGCUGUCGGCAAUUAAACUUCUCCAAUGAGGGCAUAUUCUCUUAAGUUAGUUUUACUGUUGUGU